GAAACAUUACAGAGAUCGUGGAGUCUGUGGCGAAAGGAAUCCAAGGUUCGCGUUCGCAACGCAGGCCGCUACUAUUUCGAUUUCACCCACUGGAAUAUCCUCGUCGCCUGGGUCAUUAUUAUUGCCGAACUGGUUCUGGGAACCAUCCCCGACCCCCCCUGGAUACGCAUGCUGGCUGUGCCUGUGCCUUCGCUCUUCUUUAUCUUUUCUAUCGAGAUGUUAAUCUUCGAGUUCAUGCACGUUUUGAAGAUGUCUGUCCCAUUCCGCAUUUCCUCAAUCGCGAAAGGCGACCCAAUGCGGCCCGCUUUCUACCCACUCAUCGAAGACAUCAUCGCGGUCGAUGGAAAUGGAGGAACAGAAUUCCGGGACCGUUUAGAUCAACGCUACAAUGCGAGUCCUCCAUUCCGUAACAUGCUACAUCGAUUGACGAUACUGUGGAUGGUUCCUCAAAUGCUGGUGGCCGGGGGAACGUUAGCUGGGAUCGUGAUUGUUGACCAUGAGCUGGCUUACACGCUUGGCUGGUCAGUCCCUGCUAUUUGGGCAGGGAUCUGGGCUAUGGUAAUGGUGAUCUGUAUCAGGGUAGAAUUACGGCGUGAGCGGCAUUAUUGGGACGGGGUGCGACUGACCCAACAGCUGCAGAUGGAU